AUGGAACCUGAAGCGGUAGACAAAUGGCUCGACUGCGUCAUGGAAGCCUCGAAUGUUACUGGGGCUAUGAUGAUAGACAUGUCAAACGGGCAUUGCCUUGGAGCAAGAGGUAAAGCUACAGAAGAGGAUGCUACCUAUAUCUCAGUAGCAUCCCGUUCGGCUCUCGAUCCCAAGGGCGUUGGUGUUGUUGCGUAUAAGGAUAGUAAGGUGAUUCUUCGCAAGGGAGCUGGUGUUAUUAUGAUCGCCGUGUUCAAAGAGAUGGAUUCUCUCGAGGAGUCGCCUGAUGAGACGUGA